CCAUUUGCUAAACCAGGCGCCAACUCCUCGCCGCCUCCCGCAAUUUUCUCGCCUCGAAUCUCCCAAUCCAUUUCCCUCCUCCACCUCCGUCUCGGCGCUCCGUCGACGAACAAAUCCGUCCGUGCCAUGCCGCGGCGGGGACGACGAGGGCGCGACCGGCCGGGCCGCGCCUGAGCUACAGGGGGUGAUUUUGGCGGCGCUAACGGACGAGUUUAGAGACACGGGGUGAUUGGAGGGGAGGCGGGAUGUCGAAGCCGAAUCGGAGCCGCCCGUCGGAUCGGCUCGGCCGGCGGAUGGAGUUCAGUUUCUCCGACUUCUGCGCCGUCCAGGUACCAGUAGUAUCAGACAGGCUACUCAUUACAAUUAUUUCAGUGGGCAGUGGAAAAACAAUUGCCAAAUCAAGUAAAGCAGCUGCUCUUAAUGGAAUCUGUGAAUGGCCUGACUCCAUCCUGCAAUCUAUUCGGUUUUCUCGAGAUGAAGUGUCACAAGAAUAUCAGGAGUAUCAGUGCAAGAUUGUUGUUUCCAUGGGAUCAACAAAAACUGCUAUUCUUGGUGAAGCGUUCCUUAACUUGACAACCUAUCUCAGUUCAUCAGAUUCCACGGACAUCUCUUUGCCAUUGAAGAAGUCUAAUUCUGGCACAGUUUUACAGCUUAAGAUUCAGUGUCUUGGCGCAAAGAAAUCCAGUGGGAAAUCAUGGAGUGAGCUGUCUACUCAUCUUGUUGACUCUAGUCCAACCAACGGUGAGAUGGGCAGAAAAUCUGGCUUUUACGAUAUUGUGAACAAGCAUGCUCGCUCUUUGCCAGGAAAUGAAGGUGCUUGUCAAGAUGAAUCUGGAAAUCGGGAUGCGAGUUUCUCAGCACCGAAGUCUCGUCGAAGUUCAAAUUCUGGAGAUAGGAAGAACUUGUCUCCUAGGGAUAACUCAAAUGAAGGAUUGCAGAUGGGGAGCCAAGAUGCCGCUAGUUCUUAUGUUAACCAUGAUAGUUUGAAUCGUGGUGAUGAUUCAUCCAAAGAUCUCCGUAACACCGCUGAAGAAAUAGUUGAGAAAUUACAAGGAAAGGCAAAAAUGUGGGAAAGGCAUUCUCGCAAAUUGAAAAUUGAAAUGGAGACACUGAAGAAUGAAUGCACUGACAAAUCGAAGCAGCAAGCUGAGCUAUUGCUGGAACUUUCUGCUUCACAUUCUGAACGGGAUUCCUUGAGGCGGGAAAUUGAAGAACUGAAAUCAUCUUUGGAGGAUUUAACCGCACGUCAAACUAUUGUAGGAACUCCAGAAUGUGCGGAUGUCAUAUUUCUUCAGAAGGAAACUAUAGACGAGGUGCAGUUUCUGAAAGAGUCAAAUGCAAACCUAACAACCCAACUGAACAAGACCCAAGAAACCAAUAUAGAGCUUGUUUCUAUUCUUCAAGAACUGGAAGAAACAAUAGAACUACAGAGAGUGGAAAUGUCCAAACUUCCCCAAGCGAGUGAUGUGGUUGAUCAUGAUGUCUCGAAAAGUGAAUCGACAGUUCGAGAUGCUGCCGAAUGGGCUAGAAUACUGUCGCUAAAAGAAGAUGAAAUCACAAUGUUGAGGGAGAAAUUGAAUCGUAUGCUCAGUAUAGAAAAUGCCGAUGGUGUAGGCCCAAAUACUAUUUAUCUUGAAGUGGAAAAAGAAAACGAGUUUUUGAAGGUCAAAAUACAGGAGCUGGAGAAUGACUGUUCUGAAUUAACCGAGGAAAAUUUGGGGCUUAUAUAUAAGUUGAAAGAAGCGAGCGGGAUGACAAAAGGAGAGGAUCCCUGCAUUUCUAGCAGUGAAGAAAUACCCACUGCAGGCAGAUCAUCAUCUGACGUAGAACACCUAGAGAGAAAAUGUGCUGACCUUGAGCUGAAUCUGCUGAAUUUGGGGUCCGAGUUCAGUGGGCUAGAAGAGAAGUUUCAGAAAAGCCAAGAUGAGUUAAAAGAGAGAACACUUGAAUUAUCUGAUCUGAGGGAAAAGCUCCUCCAUGCCACUGAGCUGGAGCUGAAUUUGAGGUCUGUGUUCAGUGGGCUAGAAGAGAAGUUUCAGAUUAGCCAAGAUGAGUUAAAAGAGACAACACUUGAAUUGUCUGAGCUGAGGGAAAAGCUCCUCCAUGCCACUGAACUGGAGGGAGCGGACACUGACACUUCAAGACAUUACAAACUGAGAAGUGGAGAACCCGAUGAUACUGAAACUGAGCUAGAUGUGUUGAAGCGUACAGUUCUGCUGAAAGAACAAGAGAUUGAUGGUUUGCAACAUUGUAUAAGAGAAAUGGAGAACACCAUUUCUGAUAUUCAGAAGAAGUGUCAGGUAGAGGAACCUGAUGGUACUGAAACUGAGUUAGAUGUGUUGAAGCGUACAGUUCUGCUGAAAGAACAAGAGAUCGAUGAUUUGCAGCAUCGUAUGAUAGAAAUGGAGAACACCAUUUCUGAUAUUCAGAAGAAGUGUCAGUUAGAGGAACCUGAUGAUACUGAAACUGAGUUAGAUGUGUUGAAGCGUACAGUUCUGCUUAAGGAACAAGAGAUCGAUGGUUUGCAGCAUCGUAUAAGAGAAAUGGAGAACACCAUUUCUGAUAUUCAGAAGGAGAGGAGUCAGUUAGAGGAACCUGAUGAUACAACUGAGCUAGAUGUGUUGAAGCGUACAGUUCUGCUUAAGGAACAAGAGAUCGAUGGUUUGCAGCAUCGUCUAAGAGAAAUGGAGAACACCAUUUCUGAUAUUCAGAAGGAGAGGAGUCAGUUAGAGGAACCUGAUGAUACUGAAACUGAGUUAGAUGUGUUGAAGCGUACAGUUCUGCUUAAGGAACAAGAGAUCGAUGGUUUGCAGCAUCGUCUAAGAGAAAUGGAGAACACCAUUUCUGAUAUUCAGAAGGAGAGGAGUCAGUUAAAGGAACCUGAUUAUACUGACAAUGAGUUGGAUGUGUUGAAGCAUGCAGUUCUGCUGAAAGAACAAGAGAUUGAUGGUUUGCAACAUUGUGUAGGAGAAAUGGAGAACAACAUUUCUGAUAUUCAGAAGGAGAAGACUCAGUUAGAGGAACGUUUGGCAGCAUCACUUCAAGAAAGUAGUAUGACUUCAAAAUGCUUGGAUGAAGCGCGGGAAGAUAUGCUUGUGCUUACCAGCAGUGUAGAUUCCCAUGUUUCUGCCAAUAAGGUUCUGGAAGCAAAGAUCAGUGAGCUUGUGCAUACAGUUCUGCUGAAAGAACAAGAAAUUGAUGGUUUUCACCAUUGUAAGAGAGAAAUGGAGAAUGGCAUCUCUGAUAUUCAGAAGGAGAAGAGUCAGUUAGAGGAACGUUUGGCAGCUUCACUCGAAGAAAGUAGCAUGACUUCAAAAUUCUUGGAUGAAGCGCGAGAAAAUCUCCGUGUGCUCACCAGCAGUAUAGAUUCCCAUGUUUCUGCCAAUGAGGUUCUUGAAGCAAAGAUCAGUGAGCUUGUGCAUACAGUUCUGCUGAAAGAACAGGAAAUUGAUGGUUUUCACCAUUGUAAGAGAGAAAUGGAGAAUACCAUCUCUGAUAUUCAGAAGGAGAAAAGUCAGUUAGAGGAACGUUUGGCAGCUUCACUCGAAGAAAGUAUCAUGACUUCAAAAUGCUUGGAUGAAGCACGAGAAGAUCUCCGUGUGCUCACCAGCAGUGUAGAUUCCCAUGCUUCUGCCAAUAAGGUUCUCGAAGCAAAGAUCAGUGAGCUUGUGGAUACAAUUAUGCUGAAAGAACAAGACAUUGAUGGUUUUCACCAUUGUGUGAGAGAAAUGGAGAACACCCUUGCUGAUAUUCAGAAGGAGAAGAGUCAGUUAGAGGAACGUUUGGCAGUUUCACUUGAAGAAAGUAGCAUGACUUCAAAAUGCUUGGAUGAAGCGAGAGAAGAUCUACUUGUGCUCACCAGCAGCGUAAAUUCCCAUGUUUCCGCCAAUAAGGUUCUCGAAGAAACGAUCAGUGAGGUUGAAAGGCGAAAAGUUGAACUGGAGUCGCAUGUAUCAAAGUUGGAAUAUGAGAAUAUUGAGCUGACACAGUUCAUAUCUGAACUAGAGGCUCAGUUGACUUCUCUGGCAAGUGAAAACGAGUCAAUCAAGCUACAAAUGGAUGAUUCUAUAUCACUUAUGACAACUAUUAAUGAUUUAGUAGAACAGCAGCAAGCAGAGAUUGAGGCUGCAAAGCUGGAACUGAAGCAAAAACAUUUAGAUUCUCAGAGAAGGUUGUCAGAGCUUCAAGAGGAUUCGGACGCUCUAAGCAGAUCGAAAGAAAAACUACAGGCCACAAUUGACAGUAUUACUGAAGAAUGCAGUUCUCUUCAGACUCUAACAGUGGACCUAAAGAAGCAAAAGCUAGAAUUACAUGGCCGUUGUGCACAGCUAGAACAGGAAUUGGAUCAAUCAAAAAGGAAGACAGCAGAUUUGUUCAAUACAGUGGAGUUCCUAGAGACAAAAAUAUCUAUGCUUCAAAAAGACAUAACUUUAAAAGAACAAUCUUUGCUUUCAAAGCUGGAGAAUAUAUUCCAGGAGCACAAGGAACAUGAGGAGAGGAUAAAUCGUGCACAUUUCCUUUUAAACAAGAUUGAGAAUGAAAAGAUUGUUGAAGUGAAGAAUCUUGAGAGGGAGAUCAUGAGCCUUACCGCAGAACUGUCAUCCACAGACGGAGAGCGAGAAAGUACUGCCGUGGAUAACAUACAUGAGGUCUCUAUCCUACGAGCAGACAAGGGUAAACUUGAGGCUAAUCUUGAAGAUAUCAAUGCACAAAUGAGACAUUAUGAGUCCCAGUUGGAAGAUCUUCGUACGGAGUCUAAGAGCAAAAUUAAAGACCUGACUGAUUCGCUUAAUGCAUCCAAACAGAAUGAAGAAACACUGACAACAGAUGUUGAGCAUAUAAGAAGAUUGAUGGAAGCUGCUAGAUCCAAUGAAGAAAACUUGAGGAAAACUUCAGACGAACUAGAGUUAAAGUAUAAAUCUAGUGAUUAUGAGAAACAGCAAGUAAUGGAAGAAAUUUCUGAGCUAAAAAUCCAGGUCAACAAAAUGGCAAGCAUCCAAGAUGAAGUUUCCAAACUACAAAAUUCUCUUGAUCAGGCUAAGUUUGAAAAGAAAAAAUUAGAAGAGGUCCUGCAAUCAUUGUCUGAAGAAUGUGAAGAACUAAAGGUGCAGAAGGCCAUGUUAACAGACAAAGUCUCUUGUAUCCAGAGUAUUUCGCAUGAAGCUGAUGAAGAAACCCGUGGUAAAUCCAUGCAAGCAAGGCUUGUAAUAAAUCAGGGUAAUGAUGAUAGUGCUAAUGACAAUGGAGGCACUCCUGUUCAUGAGGAUCCAGACAUUCAAUCGAAGAUACAUUUACUGGAGACUAGACUUGCUGAGGCACUGGAGCAAAAUAAACUGUAUAGGGCACAACUGCAGAGUCCAACGGGAGAGGGGCAAUCUGGUAGCAGGGAUGAAAAGGAUAACAAGGAUGAUAACAGGGUAGCACAACUGGAGUCAGAGCUAAAAGAUAUGCAGGAUCGGUUACUCAACGUAAGCAUGCAGUAUGCAGAAGUAGAGGCUCAACGGGAAGAACUAGUAAUGGAGUUGAAAAAUGCAACUGCAAAGAAGGGACGAUGGUUCUAAGAGAUGAGAAGCAACUGCAUGGGAUAAUCAUAAGGCCCACACUCCACCACACAGGACAGAUGUUGUCAACGCCGGAGGGUACCAUAUUUUUAGACAACCACCGUGCAAGCAAGUGCAGAACUGGAUGAUGUGCUAUGAACUGCAUGGGAAGCUGUGCCCAAAAGAAUAAAAGACGCACGGUUCUCAUUUCUGAACAGCAACCAUUCAGACUGCACUUGGAAGGCCCUACUACACUUACUUUUGAUCGAUUGUUAGUUAUUGCAAGUAUACAUAGUGCUAGGGUUAGCCUAAACAUUAGUUCAUCUUUGUAAAUUAAUAUCUACUGAUAAGUGUAGUUCGUUUUGUAUUGAUUUGUAUAUAGUUCAUCACAUGCUAUUCUUUUGUAGUCUAAUGUUCUUUCACAUGUAAUAUAGUACAUGCACUUGGUCUUUCAACUA